AUGGAGGGGGGUAGCGGAUCACAAGGCCGGGGACCGGCCAGCGACGCCGGAGCCGAACCGACUUCAGCCACCUCCGAGAAACAUCCUGCGCCGAGUAACUCGAACCCAUCAGAGGCCGCCGCGAACAAGAGGAGGAGGGGUCUAGGUGUCGUCACCCCCAAUGCAUGCACAGAAUGUCGCAAGAAGCGCGCCAAGUGCGACGGGAAAAAUCCCUGCAGGAGAUGCCAAUCCCAGGCCGUGGAAUGUGUCUACGAGGUACCUGUGCGCCAGUCGAAAGAGCAUCUGCGCAGCGAAAUCGAGCAGUUGCGAAAACGACAGCGCCAUAAUGAAUCUGUCAUGUCUGCGCUCCAGAGCUCAGGCCAAUGGGAAGAGGUCAUCGUACGCUUGCGCAAUGGUCAGACUGUCGAGAGUAUUUCGGAAUGGCUUGGUGGCGCUUUGUCUGCCGGCAGUGGCAGUGGCACUCUGCACAGCUUCGCACAGCGCCCAGGACCUUCAAAUGCAAGGGGUCCAGGCCCAGGUCUCACGCUUCCACCACUGUCUGGGAUAGCAGACUUUGGAUUCGGCAGUACCAGCACUCACACGACCAAUACUAACACUACCGCCGCCACUGCUCUCCCGGGCGGCUACGGAUCCUUCUCCUUCGGACCGCAGCACAGUCAGAAGCACGAGUUUGAUCAUCAGAGUCCCUGGGCCUUCUCCUCACAUAGCCAGACGCAGUCUACGCGGAGCAAUUCCCACCCGGAUGUAAUGCAGUGGACAUCGGAUGUGCCCCCGAUAAACCGUGUCGGUACCUGGGUGCAGGAUCAAGCAUCCACUGAUGAGCUGCGCUAUAAGGGAACCGGUCAGAUACUUGCCCCCUUGGACUCACCAGAUACGAAGUCUUCGCCCACUACUACGUGGACUGGCAUUACGGGAGAUACGGCUCUGGUACAACAUCUGCUCGCCUUAUAUUUCUGCUGGGAGUACCCAACAUUUGCAUCUCUCAGUAAAGAGCAUUUCUUGAAGGAUUUCCUCGAUGGACGUGCCCGAUAUUGUUCGCCCAUCUUAAUCAACGCCUUGCUUGCGCUCGGCUGCAGGUUUUCCUCCCAACCCAGCACACGCGCCAAUCCGGAUGACCCGACGACUUCCGGUGAUCACUUUUUCAAGGAGGCUCUCAGGCUACUCGCAAAGGAGUCGAAUCAUCACACACUUACCACAAUCCAAGCCCUGGGCAUAAUGUCUAUUCGUGAAGCAAGUUGUGGCAGAGAUUCGGAAAGUUGGUAUUAUGCGGGACAAAGCGUGCGCAUGGCUAUCGAAAUGGGUCUGCACCGGUUGAACGGCGACGGUGAUUCGGAUGAGAUGGCUGUUCAAGCUGCUACCUUUUGGGGCGCCUUCGCUCUAGACCAUGCUUGGUCCCUAGCAACCGGCUCGUUGCCCCAAUGUUCUUGCUUUCCACAUCUUCCGCCCAAACCAGCCAUCAUUGACGAUAUCGAGGCUUCUUUAUGGGUUCCCUACACUGACAGUGGUGCACCUUUGCAACGGUCCUGUGAGCAGCCAUCUAAUGUGCGCUCCGUCUACACGUGUUUUUGCGAGCUGAGUGGACUGGUUCAUAAGUCUUUAUACGUGCUCCAUUCACCGGGGAAGCCGGUGACGAGCCGUGACCUUCUCAACAUAUACACAGAGUAUCUCAACUGGUAUGAUCAAAUACCCGAAGUACUACGCCUCGGUACCAACUUCACCCCUGCCGUCCUUUUUGCACAUAUGUAUUACCAUUUUGCAAUAUUGCUCUUGUUCCGGCCUCUGAUUAAACUACGAAUCAUUGGCUCGAGCAUCAGGCCCCGGGAUGUCUGCGCUCAGGCCGCAGAUGCUAUUCAGGGGUUAUGCAAGUCAUAUUCACAAUUAUAUACCCUCCGAAGAACGCCGUCAUUCGUCCCAUAUUUCGUCCUUACCGCGGCAAUCAUGCAGCUGGCUUUGGGCGCCGUUCAUACGCCCAUACAAGACACCAUGCCAGACACUAGUUCCUCCGGUUCAACGGCGAAGCCAGAAAUCAACCCGCGAGGCGUGGAUGCCAUUAAUCAAGGCAUCGCAGACCUGACUGAAAUGGCCCCUUGCCAUAAUUUCGCCGAGCAAGCCCUUCACAUCUUGCGAUAUAUGGCGAAGAAGUGGAACGUUCCAGUCAACAUUCCUCAAUCACGCGGGCUCUCCUCCAAUGGCGAUAUGAACGAUCUCGUAAGACCACAAACACAUAGCCUCAACUUCUUCGUGCCGAACUUGGCGGAAGAAGACUUCAUGUGCACAUGGGGGACCGGAACUAAAGGCGCAACCAGCUCACUCAGCGAAGGACUUCCGGGCUCGGAAGCCCAGGCCGAUGCCGAUGGCCAAGCAAUGGGACCCAACAAGAUGAGGGGUCCGAGCAGCACAGGGAAGCAGUCUCGGAUCGAAGAAGAGCUCGGUGCCGGGCCCAUGGCACACGCGGUGAAGAGCAUCGAAAACCCGCUCUUCUGGCCGUUUCCCAUGCAGGGCAGGCCCAUGGUGCCUUCGGGUGGACGCAUGCUGGAGGAAGCUGGUUUUGCGUUACUGUAA